AUGGGCCGCGCUCGUGCAGGCGUACGACUUGGCGCCGACCGGCUGGAAGAUUGGCGGACUCCGCCGGCGCCGGUGAGGGCACCGGGCAAGCUGAAGCAUAGGAAGGAAGGCCAUGCCAACGGGAGGGUGAAGGAGGUACUCGGGAAAUGGUCCGUCGAUCGCUCCCAGCUGCUCAUUGGGCACAGAUUUGCGUCCGGGGCUCACAGCCGGUUGUUCCACGGAAUCUACAACGAGCAGCCUGUUGCUGUCAAGUUCAUCAGACAGCCUGAUGACGAGGAAGAUGCAGAGCUGGCUGCCCAGCUUGAGAAGCAGUUCAGCACGGAGGUCACCACUCUGUCACGCCUCAAUCAUCUUAAUGUCAUCAAGCUGGUUGGAGCAUGCAGCAGUCCACCAGCAUUCUGUGUCAUCACUGAAUUCCUUUCUGGUGGUUCUCUGGGAGCGUUUUUGCACAAGUUGGAUCACAAAGCUCUUCCCCUGGACAAGAUUAUCUCAAUUAGCUUGGACAUCGCACGUGGCAUGGCAUACAUUCACUCUCAGGGAGUUGUCCAUCGUGAUGUAAAGCCAGAUAACAUCAUAUUCGACGAAGAAUUUUCUGCAAAGAUUGUUGAUUUUGGAGUAGCUUGUGAAGAAGAGCACUGUGACCCUCUGGCAAAUGACACUGGGACAUUCAGAUGGAUGGCUCCAGAGAUGAUGAAACAUAAGGCAUACGGUCGAAAAGUCGAUGUCUACAGCUUUGGCCUUAUCUUGUGGCAAAUGUUUUCUGGAACGAUACAAUACGAAGAGUUGAAUCCAUUUCAAGCAGCUUUUGCUGUUUUUGACAAGAAUGUGAGGCCGAAAAUUCCUACUAGCUGCCCAGCACCAGUGCGACUUCUAAUUGAACAAUGUUGGGCCUCGCAUCCGGAGAAGAGGCCUGACUUCUGUCAAAUAGUUCAGAUACUGGAGAAGUUUAAGACUGUUCUUGACAGAGAUGGAACGCUCGACAAUAUGCCAAGCUCGAUCUGCCAGGAGACUCGUGAUCACAAGAACUGGCUUGCUCAUUGGGUCCAAAAGCUCAAACAUAGUCACAUCAUGAGUAGUGUUGUAACAAGUCACCAUUCAGUAUCUUCUCCCUUCCAAACCGUGCUAAUCCGAUAG